CGUAUUUCGCGCAUGCGCGAAGACAGCAUUUCCGGGUACGCCAUGUAACAAAAAUAGACUGGUGUUGUACUCCCUCGUCGGUGAAAUAUACAAAACCAAUGAUUCCCAUAUGUCCAGUUGUUUCCUUCACCUACGUGCCCAGCCGGCUUGGUGAAGAUGCCAAAAUGGCUACCGGCAACUACUUUGGAUUUACCCAUAGCGCUGCCGCCCAGUACAGCCAGCAGCCAGCUGCAGGGGUAGCAUACACACAUCCCACUACAGUGGCAAGUUACACUGUUCAUCAAGCACCUGUGGCGGCACACACUGUGGCAGCAGCCUAUGCACCCACUGCAGCUACAGUUGCUGUAGCAAGGCCUGCACCUGUAGCUGUAGCUGCUGCUACUGCUGCAGCUUAUGGGGGAUACCAGCCAACCCACGCUACUACUGAUUAUGGUUAUCCUCAGCGGCAGCCUGAAGUCCCUCCUCCACCACCACCUGUCACAUCACAGAACUACCAGGACUCUUACACCUAUGUCCGGUCCACAGCUCAAGCUGUAGCUUAUGACAGUAAGCAAUAUUACCAACAACCCACUGCUACAGCAGCUGUUGCUGCUGCACAGCCACAACCCAGCGUGGCAGAUUCUUACUACCAAACAGCCCCCAAACCAGGAUAUAGCCAGGGGGUAACAUCAUACACCCAAAGCCAACAGACUCGACAGGUGACUGUGAUAAAGCCAGCAGCUCCCAGUCCAGCCUCAUCCACUUUUUCUAUCUACCCUGUGACAUCCACUGUCCAGCCUGUGGCAGCUGCAGCUUCAGUAGUCCCUUCUUACUCCCAAAGCCCAACAUACAGUACAAAUGCUGUCACCUACUCUGGAACGUCAUACUCUGGCUAUGAAGCAGCAGUUUACUCAGCAGCCUCAAGUUACUACCAGCAGCAGCAGCAGAAGCAAGCAGUGGCAGCUGUAGCAGCAACGGCAGCUUGGACAGGAAAUACUUUCACAAAGAAACCCCCCUUUCAGAGUAAGCAGCUCCGACCCAAGCAACCGCCCAAACCCCCUCAGAUCCACUAUUGUGAUGUCUGUAAGAUCAGCUGUGCUGGCCCCCAGACUUACAAGGAACAUCUGGAAGGCCAAAAGCACAAGAAGAAGGAAGCAGCGUUGAAGGUUUCCCAGAGCAGCAACAGCAGCAAUAGUGGUGGAGGUGUAUUGGCCCGCAAUGCUCAGAACCAGCUCCGCUGUGAACUGUGUGACGUUUCAUGCACUGGUGCCGAUGCCUAUGCUGCCCAUAUCCGUGGAGCCAAACACCAAAAGGUUGUGAAGCUUCAUACCAAACUUGGUAAGCCCAUUCCUUCUACUGAGCCCAGCAUGGUCAGCCAGACGUCAUCCUCUACCACAGCUGCCCCAAACAAGACCACCACGGCAGCCCUGAGCAGUUCCAGCACCACCAGCUCUCUGUGCGUAACUGCGCCCUCCUCACUUGGCACAAGCUCCAGCACCCCCUACCUGAAAACUAUCAACGUAGUUGGCAGUGGUGUUGCAGGUGUCAAGAACCCAUUAGCCAACAGCCUAUCUGCUGUCAACGCUGCCUCCGUUGGAAAGAAAGUCAACACACCCAAAAUCAAUUUUGUUGGGGGAAAUAAGUUACAGACUACAUCUAAGAUGGAAGAGACCAGAGGAGAGACCAAAGUUGAAGCUUCUAAACCGGCAGCGUCCUCUACAGGUUCUCAGGACUCCAAGACCGAAGUUUUAGAUUCUCUGUCUACAUCAGCCCUGGCUGCAUUGCAGAGUGAUGUUCAGCCUGUUGGUCAUGACUAUGUUGAAGAAGUCCGAAAUGAUGAAGGCAAAGUCAUCCGCUUCCAUUGCAAGUUGUGUGAAUGCAGUUUCAACGACCCAAAUGCAAAGGAAAUGCAUCUUAAAGGUCGGAGGCAUCGCCUACAGUACAAGAAAAAGGUAAAUCCAGAUCUGCAGGUAGAAGUUAAACCCAGCAUUCGUGCCAGAAAAAUUCAGGAAGAGAAGAUGCGAAAGCAGAUGCAGAAAGAGGAUUAUUGGAGACGAAGAGAAGAGGAGGAACGCUGGAGAAUGGAAAUGAGGAGAUACGAAGAAGACAUGUACUGGAGACGGGUUGAGGAGGAGCAGCAUCACUGGGAGGAUAGACGUCGUGUGCCUGAUGGAGGGUAUCCACAAGGUCCUCCUGGUCCUCCUGGUCUACUUGGAGUCCGACCUGGCAUGCCUGGCCUGCAGCCUCAGGGUCAUGUGCCUCCACGUCGGCCUGAUUCUUCAGACGACCGCUAUGUAAUGACCAAACAUGCAGCCAUCUACCCCUCUGAGGAUGAGCUUCAGUCCAUACAGAAAAUUGUGUCAAUCACAGAACGUGCCCUCAAACUGGUCUCUGACAUAAUUACAGACCAGGACAAGACCACCGAAGAGGAUCAAGAGAAAAAAGACCCAUCUAAAGAUAGAGCCCUGAAAGGAGUGAUGAGGGUUGGAGUUCUGGCCAAAGGCUUACUUCUUCGCGGGGACAAGAAUGUGAACCUGGUGCUGCUCUGCUCUGACAAACCCACAAAAGGCCUCCUCACCAGCAUUUUGGAACACCUUCCCAAACAGCUAACAAUUUUAACACCAGAAAAAUAUGAGGUCAAAGGAUGUGUCCAGGAAGCAGCCAUUAUUCUGACAUCCUGUACCGAACCAAAGAUGCAAGUGACAAUCACACUGACUUCACCUGUCAUCAGAGACGAAAAUGGCCGGGAUGGAGAUGUAACCUCGGGUAUGGUGAAAGACCCAGCGGACGUCUUGGACAGGCAAAAAUGCCUUGACGCUCUGGCUGCUCUGCGCCACGCUAAGUGGUUCCAGGCUAGAGCCAAUGGCCUUCAGUCCUGUGUGAUCAUCAUCCGAAUCCUGCGAGAUCUCUGUCAGCGAGUUCCUACAUGGUCUCCCUUCCCUGGAUGGGCCAUGGAACUACUAGUUGAGAAGGCAAUCAGUUGUGCUUCUGCUCCACUCAGUCCAGGUGAUGCACUGAGACGUGUCUUUGAAUGUAUUUCUUCGGGGAUUUUACUUCCUGGUGGCCCAGGAUUGUUAGAUCCUUGUGAAAAGAAGUCUGUUGAUACCCUUGCACCUAUGGGAGAACAACAAAGAGAGGAUAUUACCUCAAGUGCCCAAUUUGCUCUGAGACUGCUGGCUUUCCGUCAGAUCCAUAAGGUUUUGGGUAUGGAUCCUCUGCCACAGAUAAACCCUCGCUUCAACAUCCGCAACAGUCGCAAACGUCGCCGUGACAACAGUGAUGGGACAGACAGCUUUGAGGGUGAAGGCAAAAAAGACAAGAAAGAUUUUGACGGUUUCUGAGCGUCUUCAAUAUUAAUUUAAAGUCUCUUUACAAAAAUGUACUAGAAUGUUGUAUUCCUGUUCCCUGUGUACCGGCAAAUUUUUAUUUUUAAGCUACAAAUGUAUCAGUGUAAUUAUAACCUCUCUUUGGUAUUACACAAAGGAACAUCUGUGUGUGCAUUGUUUCAGUUGUAGAUAUGUUGGGGCUUAGACCUUUACAUUCACGUGCUCCUUUAAUUGAAGUGUUGUUGGCAUUGGUUUAAGCUUCUGUAACUCCAUUCCUCUGAUCAUUGUUUCUGUUGGAACUGAAGUUGAGGGGGUGGAUGAAGAUCAGAAGCCAGACCAUGAUAAAUUUUGAUCUCUUCAUUCUGUGUAGUUGCAUUCAGAAAUGGGCUAUUGUUGUUACAUUUGUGAAGCAGAAAUUUAGCCAACUGUAAUUUCACUUUAUUUUGAGCAUAACUUACUGUGCUUGAGCAAGUGACGUUUGAUGACGUGGUCUGGUUAUGUUUUGUGCUAAGCUACACUUAAAAGACCAAUGGGGCAUUGUACACAUUCAGAAGAAUUUUAGCUGUUGCUACAUGUUUGUUAGUGUUGAAGUUAUUAGCCCUAAAAUGUUUGUUUUUAUUUUUUUUUUGUUUUUUUUUUGCAUAUACAUAUAAGUAAACAGAAGUUAUAUAAUUAGAAAUUGAUAAAACAAAGGAAAAAGUGGUUUUGUUCACAUUGCUUACUAUUUAAGUUUUUACCUGCCUUGUCUGGUUUAUAAGGACCUUUAUUUGCUUGCUUGCCUGCUUCUAACUUGGUUAUGUCCUAAGUUAUGUUCAGUAGUGGAAAUAGGAAUGCAAAUUAUGGAGGGGUAGUAAUGUUGUAGGUUCUGUUGUGAAUGCUUCCAAUGCUCUACAUUCUUUCUGCUUUACAGAUCCAGUAGAAAAAUAAAUAUGUUUCCAGUUAGAAGAA